GUCGGAAUCCCCGGUCACACUACAUCAAUGGCACCGCGCGGAAAUCUGGAGAACUGGCAAAGGAAUUCUUAUGAAAGUGGAUCGCCAAUCGUGGGUAGAAUCGCAGCUCAUCUCAAUUCGUGGUCCCCUCACUGAGCCCGGAAUGCUGUACAUUGGUGGAUACGAUGGCGAGCUACCGCAUCACCUCGCUAUGAUUUCCGGUUUCCAUGGAUGCAUGAAAAA